GUAAAAUAAUGAUAUAAUUAUUACAUAUUUUGGAUGAGAUAAAUAUUUAAAUCAGUCGGAAAACCAAUUUUUAUUAUGCAAUACGGGUUAACUAAGGAGUAAUUUGGGUUGCCUAACCUAAAUCAAUGGUAAACACUUGUGUCAGUGAAUAAUGUAAUAUUUUAUAUUCGUUCAAUAUAAUUAUUAUGAUUUAAUUUUAUUAAUUAUAGUGUAUUAAUUGAAUAAUUAUAUGUAAAACUGUGCAGUAUUGUGUCGUUUUUGAUUGUUAGAAAAUUACAACUUUGCUUCUAUGCAGGCAAUUGUAAUAGUGAAAUGUCCUUUUGACACUAUAAAAUAAGAUAAUUUAUAAACUCUUAUAUUUUGAAGAAAUUAAUAAAUAUAAAUGACCAUUAACGCUGAUAUGGUUAUGGAUAUUUACUACGCUCAAGACAAACUGCAAGAAUUAUGGCAAACAAUAAGUUUACAACAUUUAAGCUAUUUAGAAAUGGAGGAAACUCCAGAAAAAUUAGAGCAAAGAAAUAAACUAGAAGAAUACGUCAAAGAAUAUCUCUAUUUAGCCCCACAUAAUAAAAAGUUUCUGUUACAAGAAACUGCCCAAGUACUGCAUAGAUCGGCAAAUACAAAAAAAGAUUUCAGUGGUUACAGGGCAGCUUUAGGAUGGUCAGCAAUUGGAAUAUAUGCUGCCAAUCUUUUAGCUCAACCUUGGAGGAAGGAAUACAAAAGAAUUAAGAUGUAUUCUGGAUUUUAUAAACAUCAAAUUGAAGCAAAUUUAGUGGGUGCUGAAAUUAUGUUUGAAGCAAUGGGCUACAAAUAUGAUAGGAACUGCUCUAUUCUUCUAAUGGAUGGACCUGUUUGUCCAGACAGGCUAAUAAAUGUUUCCCAGGAUUCUCUUAUUGCAUAUGUGGAGUGCCAGAUUUUAAAGACUAUAUGGGAAGAAGUUUCUGCCAGUUAUAAAAUUUCGUGGUUAGAAGUUCUUGAGUUUCGAGAAACGCAUCUGUGCAAUCCAAAACAGUCAGUUUUGGCUUUGACCUAUCGAUACCAUGAAAAACAAUAUCUGCAGCACACUCGCAGUUAUUCGCAAGGAGCUGAUCCCUUCUCUAACAUGGGUGCUCGAUACUCACCUCCAGUUACGAACGUCUAUCCAACAGUUACUACUAACCAUUCUUUUCCUCCAACUAUACAUACCCAUUUACCACCCCAAGUAUUACCUGUGCCGUCAUCCGCCCAAUAUAUGUACGGCACAAACGGCUAUUUUGCGAAUAACUAUCCGACUUAUGCCCCAAUUCUUCCUGCACAGCAUUAUCCUUGCAAUUUCCCAAUUACCUGCACACAAUCCUUGUCCAAACCUUGUCAUACAAACAAUAAUAACUACUGUUGUUUAAAUGGAUAUGCAGUGGGUAUUCCUCAAGAUUACAAUACGCAGUCUAUACCGACCGCCCAACUGGUAGAUAUCGAUCCUCGUAACAUAUACGAUGUCCCAGACGGAAGACCGAGACCUGUUAGUACACCACAAACAAAUUUUGUACAACAGCCAAAUUUAUAUAGAGACAGUGCAAGAAAUAGCAUUCAAGUAAAUUCAGACAAAGAAGAGGUUCCCCCAGGAAACAUCGAAAGUUGGGAUUAUGUGUACCGAAAUUUGGAAAGCCAAGGUUACUCAAAAGACUUAGGGGAAAGGGGCGAUCUGCUAACUAGUACUUUAGAAACAAAGAAACUCAAAAACAUGGGGAAAAAAACUGGUUUAGAGGAGACUUUUAGUAACCUCAGUGUAAAGAGAACUGUGAACAAACCAAGGGAAACAGAAAGGCUGGAGGGUCUGAAGCGUGAAACGGAAAAACUGAAAGCUAAUGUUAGCACAGUUCCUAAAGUGGAAAGUCCGCCUCGAAAAACUAGUAUUAGUAAAAUUAGUUCUAGCUUGCAAGAAGCUUUGAACAAAAAGAGUGACAAUUUGAAGUCGAAAACCCUCAAUGUUAAAAAACCAAAGAAUAAGGAGAAUAAAGACAAAGAAGAUAAAUGUGAUGGUAAAUUAACAGAAAUGGAAAAGAGAACGCAAUGGGAAUGCAGUGCGUGUACAUUUUUAAACAAAGAUGGAGUAGACAUUUGUGAAAUUUGUGGUAAAAGUAAAAAAACCAUGGAAGAAGUAAUGGAAAUAGGAGGGUCGGAAUGUCCCAAGUGUACAUUGGUAAAUCCAAAAAAUAUAAAUUUUUGUAAAGCCUGCAAUCACAGUUUGGCAAACUCGCCAACUUAUAUUUGAAAUAAUUCAUAUUAUUUAAUGUUAGGGGUUGUUUUUGCUUAAAAAAAAAGUUUUUGCAAUUAGCGAGGGCUUUCAUAAUAAUAUUAGGACUAAACGUGAUAUUAACCUUCAUUAAGCUUAAUAACUUUCUAUUCCUGUACAUUUUGUACAAAGUAAUGACUACUGAAAUUGAGAAGUAUUUAUAUUUAUAUAUGAAUGUCUGUUUCAAAAAUUAUUUAACUUAAAAGCAAUCUGUAGUUCAGAAAUGAUUACUCAAGUCUGUUGCUUUACCUGUAAAUUACUAUUUUGUCAAAAACACUUAUUUUAUGUACAUCCUAAUUUCAAUCUGAUAUGAAUUUUGCAGUUGUUUUUCUUAAAGAAAACAAAAAUAGUAAAAUAAAUAAAGUAAUUUAAUGCAAAGUUCAUUUCACAUUAAAUGUUCUUGAAAUUAAUCCCGAUAAAGAUUUUCUUUGUCUACAAGGUGAUUUACCUACAGUUGAGUACUUUUUGUUAAUAAUAAUUUUAAACUGUAUACACUCUUUAUAGUAGUUGUUUUCAUUGCUGGUAUGAAAUAUAUAUUUUUAAGUAUAUGUAUAUAUUGUGUUUGGUGAUAAUUUUUCUGUAUGUUAUUACAGUUUUAUUUAUUUAUGUUCACUUCCGCAAAAAAAUCAAUGUAAGUGAGUCACCUUUUAUAUAUUAUAAAGAAUUAUAAUAACGAAGAAGGCUCGAUAUUUAGGCUUGAUGACCCUGGUCCAGUAUUAGUUUUCUACCUUCGGUGAAGACACUGAUUGAAUCGUUUAUGUGACGUUUCGUCAGCUGCUGUUUGGCAUCCUCAAAGAACGUAGAAAAGGCGUAAAAUCCUUUGCUGCUCAGACAAGGCACAAUCGCUACUUCCCUUAGGAUAACAGCCUUAGCAACUAAACGGUUGAACGACUUCAUCUGUGGAAAAAUCAGUCCAUGUAUCAUGGUCAUCGAGCCUUCUUCAAAUAUCGCCGGCCUUGAAAACCUUAGCCUUUUUAAUAAUAAUAAUGGUUCUUAUUCCACUUUCGAGUUUUGUAAAGUUUAUUUGAUUAUCUGAGACGUAGAAAUAAUAUUCUAAUUGUUACUGUUUGACUGUUACUUUGUUCAGAAAGUUUAUUAUAUAGAGCUUUACACUAUUGCAAAUGUAAUAUUUGUUAUAGACUAUGCUGAAUAUUUUUCAAAAUUGUUGUAGUAUUUUAUUUAUCCUCCAACGAAAACUUAGGUUUUUUAGUUUUGCCUUUAUUCAAUUGUGUACAUUGAAUAAGCAUUUCAUCGAGAUUUAUUUUUAAUUUCGGAUUGUAAUGUUAUUGUGAAUUUUUAAUGUUUUAAGUCUUCUCUGCUAACAAAUAUUAAGUUCUCUGUUUCUCAUUGAAGAAAAUGGUUUUUAUUUUGUAUUGAAUUGCAGUGAGUAUUAAUAUUAUCCAAUUGAUUGAUUUAGUAUUUAUUUUGUAGAACUUUUUAUCGUAUCAAUUUGUUUUAAUGUUUUAUUCUUACAAGGUUCAUAUUUGUAGAAAUGAUCUAGUUUUAGUAAAAAAAUAAACCACUCAAUUUAUAAUGACAUUAUUUUA